AUGGAAGAAAUGGAGCCGACCAAGGAAUGCCUGCUCAUGAAUGGCAGUUGUGUGGGAAGUCAGGAGAGCAAAGCUGACAGCUCGUUGGUUCUUCCCAACUUGCCCAGCAAGUGCACAUGGACAGCUGCAACACCUGCCACCAAGUCUCCACACUCCUGUAUGCACUUGCCAGAAGAAACAAAGAUCUUGCCCAACAUACUGAAGAAAAUUGGCCACACCCCAAUGGUCCGAGUCAACAAGAUUGGGAAGUCCUAUGGACUCAAGUGUGAGCUCUUGGCAAAAUGUGAGUACUUCAGUGCGGGGGGCAGUGUGAAGGACCGCAUCAGCCUGAGGAUGGUGGAAGAUGCAGAGAGAGCCGGGAUUAUAAAACCAGGAGACACACUGAUUGAACCCACUUCAGGAAACACAGGGAUCGGGCUGGCGCUGGUAGCUGCAGUGAAAGGUUACCGCUGCAUCAUUGUCUUGCCGGAGAAAAUGAGCAUGGAAAAGGUCGAUCUUCUGAAAGCGUUGGGGGUUGAAAUUGUGAGGACCCCUUGCACCCGCUUUGAUGCCCCAGAGUCUAACAUUUGUGUUGCCUGGAAGCUGAAAAGUGAAAUCCCAAAUUCUCACAUCCUGGACCAGUACCGAAACCCAAGCAACCCUCUGGCUCAUUACGACACCACAGCUGAGGAGAUCCUGGAGCAGUGCGAAGGCAAGGUCCACAUGGUGGUGAUUGGGUCUGGCACAGGAGGCACCAUCACUGGCAUCGCCAGGAAGCUGAAAGAGAAGUGCCCAGAGUGCAAGAUCAUUGGUGCAGAUCCUGACGGCUCCAUCGUCGCUCUGCCCAGUGAGAUGAACAGGACGAACACCACAACCAUCGAGGUGGAGGGCAUUGGGCAUGACUUUAUCCCUACUGUCCUUGACAGAUCAGUGGUUGAUCAGUGGUAUAAAUGCAACGACAAAGACUCAUUCCUCAUGUCUCGCAGGCUGAUCAGAGAGGAGGGAUUAUUGUGUGGUGGCAGCUCAGGCAGUGCCAUGUCUGUCGCUGUGCGGGCUGCCAAGGACUUGAAGGAAGGUCAGCGCUGCGUCGUUAUUCUCCCCGACUCUGUCAGGAAUUACAUGUCCAAAUUUUUGAAUGAUAAGUGGAUGAUAAAAAAUGGUUUCGUAAACGACGUCCAGGAGCACAAGCCUUGGUGGUGGAACAUCAAGGUGCAGAAACUGAAUCUCUCAGCCCCUCUCAUUCUCCUCCCAGAAGUCAGCUGUCAAAAGGCAAUUGAGAUCCUCCAGGAGAAGGGAUAUGACCAAGCUCCUGUUGUUGCUGAAUCAGGACUUAUUUUGGGAAUGGUGACCCUCAGCAACACCCUAACCUCAGUGCUGGCUGGAAACACACAGUUCUCAGACCCUGUUAUGAAGGUCAUCUAUGAUCAGUUCUCAAAGAUUGGCCUGGAGGACAGCCUCGGGAAGCUUUCCGGCAUCCUGGAGAAUGACCAUUUUGCUGUCGUUGUACAUGAACAAAUGCAGUUCCAUGGAAAUGGCAGUUCCUUCAUGAAGCAGAUGGUGUUUGGUGUGGUCACAGCGAUGGACCUCCUCACUUUUGUCAGCAGAAAUGACAAGAAGUAGCACCAUGGCUCAGCUGCACCCACCUCCACUCCUCCAGCAGGGCCAGCUGCACCCCCCAAGCCUGAGCUGCUGAGCUGAGGGUGCUUUCUGGUCUAAUCCAGAUGAUAGUUUCUCAAAACAACUAGCUGAAAAUUGUAAUGUAAUAGCCAUUUGUCUGCUAAACACCACCCAGAAAAUCACGGAAGAGAAGGUAACUAAAGAUAUUGAGUUCAAUAACCAUGUGUGGUUACACAGAGCUUCCCAGGGCUGGAAAGGUAACACGGAGAGGGGGUGGGAAGGGGAUGGUUGUUAUUGCCCAAAUUUUAGCAGGUGAGGGUGUGGUGUUUUUGCUACCAGUAGGUGCUUAGGCACUGCAGGUGCUGCAGGUGCUGCAGCUGCUGCAAGUCACCCUGGUCCAACCAAGGCUGAGGGUCUCCACCAUGAGAAGCUCCAUCCCUCUUGAAGGUGGGAGGCAAGCCAUGCCAUGGCUGCACCCUCCUAUUCCUCUCCAGUCUUUGCAGGGAGGGCUGUAGAUACUCCCCCCCUCCAAAGACCUUCCUUCUCACUCCCAGCUCUGUUUAGGGGCCAAGGAGGCAGCUUCUUCUCCUUCCCAGGGGUGAGAGGGAGAGCCCUGGAGGAGUGAUGAGGAGAGGGCCAGUUGGAACAUGGUACCCUGGUCCACAAAAGCUGGGGAGCUGCGUAGGCAAAGGCAGGAAGGACGGGAAGAGACAUCUGAGGGCUGUGACUGGCAGGGUGGAUGAGGUGCUGGGCACGUGGGAAAUGGCUAUUCCUGUAGUGACAACUGGUGUUUGGAAAGAACCUUCCUCAACUCUGGGGGAGCUGGUGGCACCAGAUGUCUCAUCCACGGUCCUGCAGGAGUAGGCUGUGAAUGGAAGCCAUUCAAGAAGAGAGGACCCAUUCUCAUUAUAUAGUAGCUGGGAGAAGGGAUAUGGCUUCAUUCCUGUGUUCUGUAACAAUUAUCGCAUGAGCAUCCAUCCUGAGAGCUCAUUAUUGAGGGGUAGAGGGGGAAGUGAGGCUAAUCUUAAUUUUGCUGUCAGUGUAUUAUGUUCUAGGAACUGAUGAUAAUGAAGGUCAGAAGAGCCAUUUGCCAUGGCUGCAAAAAACAUAAAUGAAAGCAAAUGUGAAAGGAGGGCUGUGGGACUAAACCAAAACACUGUUGAAAACCAGUUUGGGGCAGUUGCUCUCAGAAGAUGCAAAGAGUUUUGCACUCUUUUCAUAAAUCUUUGGAGCUGCUUCAAGGUAACAAGAACCAAUUUUGAUUUUGGCUUGCUGCUAAGUGGUUAGUCCAUACUUUCAAUCUAAUCUAGUUUGUAUGAAGCUUUUGUUGAAUUAUAGAAUGCUGAAGUAUUUAUAUUUAGGAAGACUGUUUCUGCUGUCUUUAGUUUCCUGAGUGUCCCAAGUUAUCUUUCUGCAAGUUUUUGCUUGAGUAAUAACCAUAUUUGUCCAAAAAAGUAAAAAGUUAUUAGCUCA